GGGGCAAGCUCAAUAAAGGGCGCUAGUGUCCGUCAAGUGUCACAGCCGUUGCUCGUCUCUUCAGUAUUGUAACUUAAAUCGGUGAUUUAAUUAGGAAUAACGUAUUUUUUUCUAGAAUUUGUGAAACUUUAAGCAAUAAUGACCGACAAGAAAGCGUACCCGGUGACACCUCAUCCACCAACAGGUUUUGUCCCUGCGCCGGCACAACCUGCUACCUACGGUGGUACACUUGCAGGUGCCGCACCGUAUGGAGUGUUUCCUAAUCAACCACAACUUUAUGCAGCGCAAGGUCCACCACCGCCUACAUAUGAUCAAACUCUUACCCAUCCGAUGAUGUAUCAACCUAUGUAUGGUCAAGGAUAUCCAGGAUACUUAGCGGGCUCAUGUUAUCCUGCCUAUGGGCCAUUGCAAUAUUAUCCCCCGUUGGCUGCAGCUGCAGCGUAUUACCCAGCGAUGCAGCCUCCAGUUAGACCUCCUACACUUGUGAUGCCCAAUGGGUUCGAUGCUACCAAUCGAUUUGAUAGUAUCUCACAACCCGUCUUGCCACCGCCACCAACAGUUCCAAAUGCGGCCCAAUUAGCUGCAAUGGCAAGCCACAGUGUGGCUAUAUCGCAAAAGAAAAACUUCCUAGGAGGAGGAACAGAAGGCGGUUACACCUUUUGGUAAACAUUAUAAACCUUUUGUGAAACACUAAGUCUAAACAAAGGCAUUGUUGUCAAGAUGAUCCAUGUAGGCAAAUCUGAUUUGUGUUAGAGUUCUACUAUUUUCACAUUGGGAGCAGCUAUUGAUUAGUAUAUUUUAUGCGUGGACCGAUCGCGAAGAUGGCAUUUUCCUACGCGAAAUUCGCGACGUUCCAAAGCAUAGUACAUUUUUGUUAGUUUGUUUUUUUUUUCCAUGGACUCCAAUAGACAAGGUGGUUUGCUGAUUUAUUGUAAAAGCAAAAAAAAAUAAAAAUAAAAAAAAAACAAAAAAAACAUUUAAAAAAUAUGUGAUUUCAAGAUCUUGGCAAUUGGUCGGCGCAUCGAAUAUACUAAGAUUUAAGAAGAACAUUUAAGAAAGGAAGACUCGUGCGACGCUCGUUUAUACAAUUUCAAAACUGCUAAUUAAAUUUAACUAAGAGAACAAGAGAGCGAGAGAGAGAGAGAGAGAGAAAGAGAGUAAGAAAGACCGUAUUUUGUACAACUAAAAUGCAUGGAAAUUUCUUAAGGAUCAACGAAUUGAUCCUGUCUCUGAAUUGGUAUCUGAUAGUAAAUUACACUCAUUGAUGGUGACUUUACGAGAUGAUCGAGCGAUACAUGAAUCUUUUGACGUACUUAAAAUAGAAUUUAAGAUGAUAAUUCUAACUCGAAGGACAAAAUAUUCUUUUUAAAUUAUACGGCUCCCACACGAUAUACAGAGUGAAAUAUUUUCAGUAUUUAGAAUCUUACAAAAUUUCUUUGGAAAUUGAUCAAUAACUUUCAAGUACGGUUUGCUCGAUCUUUCUGCAGUUAACAUAUAUUCCAAGGCGCACGAGAUAUUCCAUUUUUUUUCAUUUAAAUAGAAAGGUUUACUAAACGUGAGCGAGAGUAGGGAACACGGCGUUGUUCUUCUUUUUAGAGUUAACGGGUAAAUACGCGCACCAGUGGAUGCGAGUUGUCUCAUUCGCCUACAGGGAUCGAUAUUCAAAGUGUGUUCUAAGCCUUUUUUAAGCGCGACUUGGUUUUCUGCAAGGCAGGCUGAAGAGUUAAAGGGGCUGCUCACGUUAUUUCUGUUACUUUCUACACGAUUAUAUAUUUUUUUCGAUGUUUUUUUUUUUUACUCCCCCGAUGUUGUCGACACUCUAGCGAGGUCUGUUUUCCAAAGUAAAGUCACUACUUUGUAACGUAAUCAUUAUGGGUAGCCCUAAUGUUUAGAGAGAAGAAAAAAAUAUGUACGUGAUAGGAGUCUGAGGAAUGCGUGAGAGUCAUUCGUAUACUUGCGAUGCUAAACGUCGCGCUUUCUUAUUUUGAAUUUAAUGAAUCAAUCGAUAAUAAAACUCUUCAAAGUUCCAUUUUUCUUAUAGAAAAUUUUGAUGAAAAUGAAUAAUUACAGACCUCAAAACGUUUCUUUUCGAUAUCGUUAGAAUCAUUGGUUUUAAAACGCCUUUUUAUGACUUAAGAGAAAAAGUAGAGGUAAUGUUUAAGGCUCGAGUGCCAAACAAAAAAUAAAACGAUUCUCACGUAUUCGACGACUUCGAAGAUACUUACUAACUCUACCUAAAAGUACGCACUCUCUUCUUUAAAAUCAGUAGUCUUUCUUCCUAGUUGUUUGAUCUUUCUUUUUUUUUUGUUUAAACGCAGAUUAGCUAGGUUGGCUAACAAAGUUAUUAUUUAAUUGAAAUGAAAGGCUUGUCCAUGGCGUUCGAGUUUCUUUAAGCAGGUUAAAUUGUGCUUUGAUAGAAAUCAAUAACAUCAAAUGUGUCUGAGAUAUUCGCCAUAAAAUAUUUAUCAAUUUCCAACUACCUGUUCAGGUAACGUUUAAAGUAUAUAGUUACAACUUCGUCGCAGUAAAAGUAUUAAUUAACUCAUUUAUUAAAUGACACUUAAAUUUCUUUUGUUCAAGUAAAAUCUUAUUUGAAAAAAGUUUUCUAGCAACUGUAUGGAAAUUGAUUUCAACCAAAGCACACGAAGGAAAUAAAUAGUUGACUCAAUUUCAAAGUACAAAUUGAAUAUCAAUGUAAGUAGAGGGAAAAUUCGUAACGACGUGGACAAGCCCUUGUGUCAGCCAUAUUAGGCGAGUUGCGAUGAUGAUGAUGAUAAUGACGAUGAUGAUGAUACGGCAAGCAACGCAGCGAGUUCGUAACGCCUACGAUUAUAUACAAUGCAGAAUUGUUAACAAUAACAAUGUGCUAUUUUCUGAGAACUUGAGAUCUAAUUCUACAAGAGUGAAGAGACACACCACACAUAAACACAUAUACACACACGAAAGAAAAGAAAAUUCUGGUGAUCAUAUGAACUAGUUGCACACACAGCUGCGAAAACGACUGUUUUGCUCCGCGAUCAUAGCAUUAUAAUAUAGUGCGGUGUGAACCUGCUGAUAGGAUACUUGUGAUAGUUCCACUCUGCAGGUGCACAAUUAAACACGAUAUUAAUUAAGCAAUGAAGAUCGAAGAAAACUAAUUUACAAUCGGUGAUAGCUUAGGAUAGGACCAAGAAACGCAGUUCUAUUUAGAAAUUUUUCGUAUGGAUGUUCCGGCAAACUUGACCAGUACUCUUAAUAUGUUUCGCAUUAUGGUUUAAAUGAGGAUGGGUGCUUGACGAAGAUGAAAACGAAGACCCGUCCUUGGUGUUAGAAAAGUGAUUUCUACCUCUCCUUGAGAGAGAGAGGAAAAGAGAUUAGAAAGAAUUGCAAUUUAAUUGAAUGUGAAUCAUAUGUGAUUUCUAUUUUAUCUUACGAACUUAUUAGUUGAAUUUCUACGAAAAGUUUAUCGCUUGAAAGGUGUUGUAAAAUUGUUUACAUCCGUUUCAAAGCAUUGUCCAAUAUUUUCUAAUUUUGCAUAUUACAACGCAGUAAUUUCCUAAAAAGAAGAAAAAAAAAUGAACACCGUGUUAUUUGUAUUUUUGUGAUAUACAAUUACCUCAAAAUCGAAGGAACAGAAAAUACGUAGGUACUUUGUCUUGUUUUGUACCAUCAUCGAAUCUAGUUCAAUUUCCAUAUGAAGAUGCAAAAGAAAAAGAUUCAAGCAAAAAUAUAACACACGCAAUGAUUGGAAAUGAAAUUUUCGUAUAAGGCGAAACACACUGGCCAAAUUUGUUGCCACAGCGCCAUAACUUAACAUUCACCUUGUACCUUCAAUUCUUUUUUUUUUCUACCAGAUGUACCUACAGUUAUUCAACAUUUAUGACCAGCGUUUGAUAAAGAAAUCAAGCGUAAAUCUCAAUCUAACUAAAAACAAAAAUAAAAUCUAGUCCGAAGUGUCUAACUGAUUGGGAUACAAAAUGUUACGCAUAGACCUCGUUUUUUUUUCUCAAUCUGUGCGAUGCCAGGUGCGAAAUAUUACCCGAACAUUCACUAAUAAUAUAUAAUAUCUCGUGACAUCUGAGAAAAAAAGAAAUUGACAAUUUUUUUCCAAAACUCAUGCCAUUCCACUUAACGACAUUGAGCCACAAUUGAUAAAAACACGUGUACGAGUCACAUUUAGGAAUUUUUGAGACACGCGUAUGAAGAAGAAUUAGCGAAGUUGUGUCGUUGCCGAUAUGUAAUCACUCUCGUUGAAUUUUUUUGCGAGUUUGCAUAUCAGCGAAGAAGAGUCGCUUGUUGCAAAAAGUCACUUCGCUCAUCUAAUUACAUUGCGCAAAUCAGUGCACCAAGAACCACCUCAAUCUAUGCAGCUACAUUAUAUACAAGAAUCGAACGUUCAUUCUGUUUUAAUCUUAUACGAGAAAGAUAAAUGGAAAACAAUCCAAAGCUGAAUGUCUACCUUUUUCAUAGAAACUUGUACACAAACAUACGAAGAAGAAAGUGGAUUAUGUUGUGUUGAUAUUUAUAUUUAAAUUAUUAUUACUAUUUAAACAAUUUAUUUGCAGACAUUUCUACAGUUUAGAUCAGAAUUUACGCAACACAUUUUGACCGAUUAUUUUGUAUCAAGCGAGAGUGGUGGAAAGGUUUUAUAUCAUGAACAAGUGUGCAAUAAGCGUAAUGUCUAUUGUAACAAUAAAGAAAUGAUAUUAAUUGCAACAGUGAAUUUGUUAUUACAUUGAACGAACGAGAGAGCGAAAGAAAGGGAGAAAGAGCGAGAGCGAGAGAGAGAAAAUAAAAAGAAACAAAAAUGUACCAUUGCGAUCAUCAAAUGUAUUAGUUAAUAAAUACAAUGAUCAUGAAA